GUCCCUCCCACUCCCUCCCAGCGCUCUCCCGCUGUCAGGGAGCCGGGAAAAGUUUGGGAUAAGGGACGGGAUCUGGGAUCGGAGCUCCCAGUCCCGCCGAUGCUCGGGAGCGGGGGUUGGGGCAGCCGGCGAUUCCAUGGAUAUUCCCAGCGGGAUUCUCCUGGCCUGCUCCCUCUGCCUCCUGCCCGGAUUUGGGAAUUCCUUCAACAUCGACACCAAGAGGCCCCAGAUCAUCGCGGGAUCCAGGGAAGCUUUUUUUGGAUACACGGUGCAGCAGCACGACAUCGGCGGGAAGAAAUGGCUGGUGGUGGGAGCUCCGUACGAAUCCAACGGGCAGCAGAAGACCGGAGACGUCUACAAGUGUCCAGUGCUGAGUGAGAGCCACGGAAACUGCACCAAGCUCAACCUGGGGCGGGUGACGCUGUCCAACGUGUCGGAGCGCAAGGACAACAUGCGCCUGGGCCUGAGCCUGGCCACCAACCCCAGGGACAGCAGCUUCCUGGCCUGCAGCCCGCUGUGGUCCCACGAGUGUGGCAGCUCCUACUACACCACGGGAAUGUGUUCCCGCGUCAACUCCAACUUCCGCUUCUCCAGAACCGUGGCUCCGGCUCUGCAGAGAUGCCAGACCUACAUGGACAUCAUCAUCGUUCUGGAUGGAUCCAACAGCAUUUAUCCGUGGGUUGAAGUCCAGCACUUCCUGAUAAAUAUCCUGAAAAAGUUUUACAUCGGUCCUGGACAGAUCCAGGUGGGAGUUGUCCAGUACGGAGAGGACGUGGUCCAUGAGUUCCACCUGAACGACUACAGGUCCGUGCAGGACGUGGUGGCGGCCGCCAGCCACAUCGAGCAGCGCGGGGGCACCGAGACCAGGACCGCCUACGGCAUCGAGUUCGCUCGCUCGGAAGCGUUUCGGAAAGGUGGCCGGAAAGGGGCAAAGAGAGUAAUGAUUGUCAUCACAGAUGGAGAGUCCCACGACAGCCCAGACCUGGAGAAGGUGAUCGAGGACAGCGAGAGGGACAACGUCACCCGAUACGCGGUGGCGGUCUUGGGUUAUUACAACAGGAGAGGGAUCAACCCCGAGGCCUUUCUGAACGAGAUCAAGUUCAUCGCCAGCGACCCCGAUGACAAACACUUCUUCAACGUCACCGACGAGGCGGCGCUCAAGGACAUCGUGGAUGCUCUGGGAGAAAGGAUUUUCAGCCUGGAAGGAACCAACAAGAACGAGAUCUCCUUUGGACUGGAAAUGUCCCAGACUGGAUUUUCAUCCCACAUUGUGGAAGACGGGAUCCUGCUGGGAGCAGUGGGAGCCUACGACUGGAACGGAGCCGUGCUGAAGGAGACCAGCAGCGGGAAGGUCAUUCCUCUGCGGGAAUCCUACCUGCAGGAAUUCCCGGAGGAGCUGAAAAACCACGGAGCCUAUUUAGGUUACACCGUCUCCUCCGUCGUCUCCACCAGGCACGAGCGGAUCUACGUGGCGGGAGCGCCGCGGUUCAACCACACGGGCAAGGUCAUCCUGUUCACCAUGCACAGCAACAGGAACCUCACCAUCCACCAGGCCCUCAAGGGAGAGCAGAUCGGCUCCUACUAUGGCAGCGAGAUCAAUUCCCUGGAUGUGAACGGCGAUGGCGUCACCGACGUGCUGCUGGUGGGCGCGCCCAUGUUCUUCAGCGAGGGCAGGGAGAGGGGCAAGGUCUACGUCUACGCCCUGCAGGGGAACCUCUUUGUUCCCAGCGGAGCCCUGGUGGACCUCCAGAGUUACCAGAAUUCCCGUUUCGGCUCCUGCAUCGCCGCCGUUCCCGACCUCAACCAGGACUCCUACAACGACCUGGUGGUCGGGGCCCCUCUGGAGGACGAGCACCAAGGAGCCAUUUACAUUUUCCUUGGAUUCCAGGAGACCAUCCUGAAGAAGUACAAGCAGCGGAUCGCGGCCGCCGACCUCGUUCCGGGCCUGAUGUAUUUUGGAUGCAGCAUCCACGGGCAGCUGGAUCUGAACGAGGACGGACUCGUGGACUUGGCCGUGGGCUCGCUGGGGAACGCCGUGGUGCUGUGGUCCCGCAGCGUGGUCCAGAUCAACGCCAGCCUCCGCUUUGAGCCGCCCAAGAUCAACAUCUUCACCAAGGACUGCAGGCGCAACGGCAAGGAGGCCACCUGCAUGAGGGCCUUCGUCUGCUUCACCGCCCUCUUCCUCUCCGCUCACUUCCAGACUGCCAGUGUGGGGCUCAGGUACAACACGACCAUCGACGAGCGCCGCUACUCGCCCCGGGCGCACCUGGACGACGGCGGGGAGCGGGCGCGGGGGCUGCUGCUGCCCGCCGGGCAGGAGCUCUGCCACACCCUCCCCUUCCACGUCCUGGACACGGCGGAUUACGUGAAGCCGGUGACGUUCUCCAUCGACUACGAGCUGGAGCAUCCCGAGCACGGCCCCAUGCUGGACGAUGGGUGGCCCACCUCGCUCAGGGUCUCUGUCCCCUUCUGGAAUGGCUGCAACGAGGACGAGCACUGUGUCCCCGACCUGGUGCUGGAUGCCAGAAGUGACAUUCCCAGUGCCAUGGAAUUCUGCCGGAGGGCACUGCGGAGGGGGGACUGCUCGGCCUUCAGCCUCUCCUUUGACGCCUCCGUCUUCGUCAUCGAGAGCAGCAGGAGAAGGGUGGCCGUGGAAGCCACGCUGGAAAACCGCGGGGAGAACGCCUACAGCACCGUCCUCAACAUCUCCUUCUCCAGGAACCUCCAGCUGGCCAGCUUGAUCCCCAAGGACGACACCGACAUCAACAUCGACUGCGCCAGUGACGACAGACACCCCACCAGGAGGGUGUGCAACGUCAGCUACCCCUUCUUCCGAGCCAAGGCCAAGGUCGCUUUCCGCCUGGAUUUUGAAUUCAGCAAGUCCGUCUUCCUGCAGAGCAUGGAGGUCUACAUGGUUGCCAGCAGUGACAGCGAGGAGAAGGAGAGCACCAAGGAGGACAACGUUGCCCACCUCAACUUCCAGCUCAAGUACGAGGCCGACCUGCUCUUCACCAGGACGUCGAGCCUGGACUAUUUUGAGAUCAGAUCCAACAAUUCCCUGGAUGGAUCCAACCCCAUCGGGCCCCCCUUCCACUGCACCUUCACGCUGCAGAACCUGGGAUUCUUCCCGGUGCAAGGGGUGACCCUGAAGAUCACCGUGCCCGUGGCCACCCGGGCGGGCAACCGGCUCCUGCUGCCCUCGGAAUUCCGGGCAGACCAGGAAAACACGACCUGCAGCAUUUGGGGGAACACCACUGACUACCGCAGAACCCCGGCGGAGGAGGACCUGUCCCACACCCCACACCUGAACCACAGCAACUCCGACGUGGUUUCCAUCGACUGCGAGGUGAAGCUGGCUCCCAGCGAGGAGCUGAACCUGCACUUGCGUGGGAACCUGUGGAUGAAGUCUCUGAAAGCACUGAAGUUCAAGGCACUGAAGCUCACCACGAUCGCCGCGCUCCAGCGGCGCUUCCGGAGCCCCUUCGUUUUCCGGGAGGAGGAUCCCAGCCGCCAGAUCACGUUUGAGAUCUCCAAGCCCGAGGAAUCGCAGAUUCCCAUCUGGAUCAUCCUUGGGAGCACCUUCGGAGGUCUCCUGCUCCUGGCCCUGCUGGUCCUGGCGCUCUGGAAGCUCGGGUUCUUCAAGAGCGGGAGCCGCCGGCGAGCGGCCGAGCGGGAGCAGAAUUCCCACGGGAUGGAGUGACUCUGCCGGGGCCAGGAGCCCCCUCCCAGCUCCGGAGAUUCCCGGGAUCCCGAGGGAUUUGGGGGCUGAGCUUGGCUUUGCAGCAGGACCAGAGAACACCCCUUGUGGGACAGCACUUAGAAGCCAUAAAAAAACCCCUCAAACCAAGUGAAAAUUCCCCAAAAAUCUCCUUGGAGGUGCUUUCAACUGGGAUUCCAUAAAAAUACCCCUCAAACCAAUGGAAAAUUCCCCAAAAAUCUCCUCGGAGGUGCUUCCAACUGGGAUUCCAUAAAAAUACCCCUCAAACCAAGUGAAAAUUCCCCAAAAAUCUCCUUGGAGGUGCUUUCAACUGGGAUUCCAUAAAAAUACCCCUAAAACCAAUGGAAAAUUCCCCAAAAAUCUUCUCAGAGGUGCUUUCAACUGGGGUUCCAUAACAAAAGACCUCAAGUCAACCAAAAAUUCCCCAAAAAUCUCCUCGGAGGUGCUUCCAACUGGGAAGUCACCAAGGUGGCAGCAGCGGGGACGAGGGGACGCCGACGUGAGGGGUCCCUGAAGAGGAGCUGGAAAACUCCUUAAAAUAAUAAUAUUAUCCCAAAAAAACCCCAUGGAUUGCUCCUGCCCGUGGCGGAGCUGUCGCAGGCCCCGGGCUCUGCUGGCCACAGCUCUCAAACUGCCUUCGUUAAGAGGAGUAAUUAAGUGGAGGCGUUAAUUAGUCUGAAUGCACUGAAGGAAAUUCUUGUGAUUUCAAGCACCUUAAACGCCAAAUCUCCGGUGUCCAGCUGUACAUAAUUCUUCUAAAAACAGGAAGGAAAAGAAGGGGGGAAAAUUUAAAACCCUGCCAAAAAAAAAAAAUUUAAAAAUUAAGAAAUAAUUCCGAAAAAAUUUAAAAUCGUUUAAAGAAUUAAUUAAAAAGCAGUUGGAUGAGUUUUGUCCCAGCAGAGCAGUUUGGGGAGCCCACGUGUAUCAUACCUGUACAUAGCUGGUGCCAUGGAAAUCAUGGAAUUUUAAGGGCGGGAAUGUGCCCUCGGCAUAGCGGAAUUAUUUAUGCUAAUAUUAAUUUUAUGGAGAAGAGGGAAGUGGAUUUUUUUGGAUGCGGGAUGAGGUUCGGGAAAUACCGUUCCUGGUAUUUUUUAA